AUGAUUCCUGUUACUAAGGAAACAGUACUUAAUUCCUUGUGUAUAUUGGAAUCGCAAUUCCACUAUAAAACAUUAGAUCAUCUGGAAAACUUCAUUAUUAACUCAACCACGAAAAGAUUAUCCAUUGCAAAUGCAAUUAAUCAAAUAUUGGACUGUGGUAUUACCACAGCUCAAGGCACUAAACUUAAGAGUAGAUUAUUAUGGCUUAUAUAUUAUCAAUGGUUAAAUAAAUCCAGAAAUUUGCCUCACAUUGCAAUCUUAAGGUCUGAAAAUAUCCAUGAUUUAGUAACACAUUGGCCCUAUGAAAGAGAUCAUGAUUUUUUAAUCCAUAACAGCCAACACAUGGAAACUAAAAAUGAAAAAUACAAGCAUAACAACAAUUCUUCGCACAUAUUUUUGAGGGAUAUGUGGAAAUCGCCAUCCAACUUGUCAAAAAGGAAUUUAGAAAAAUUACAAAACUGGAUACAAACCUAUUCGUCCAAACCAUGGCUGCUGGAGUAUUUUAUUCCCCGUAAAGAUAACAAGAAUGUAAAAAAGGUUAAGAAAUCUCGUACUAGUAACGUUUCAACUGGUCUUGAUACUAUAACUUUUGAUGAUCUAAAAGUUUUCCAAAAUGAAUCCGAUAUGGCCCUUAUAACUGAAAAACAAUAUCCAGCUAUAAAUACGUUGAAUGAAAUUCAUAGAGAUGAUACAAUAAGAAAUAUAUUGCAGCACUUUUUAUUUUUAAGAAUGAAUUCAUUAGUGUUCAAUAUGGGCAGCGAAAAAUCUUUAGACUUAAGCCCAAUAGUUUAUAUUCCAAUGAAUCCAUUAGGAUUGGAUAUUCCUGGUGUUAGAAUUAAAAACAUUUUCCGUCGUAAAAUAAAUGAAUUAUACGAAAUUUUGGCCUAUAAAUUUCCUGCCAUUACCGCAGAAAUUGAAUUGGAGCUACAAGAAAUAUUGGGAUCUGAUACUCAUAAUAUUAGUAAAAAAUCAAAGAAUUUGUAUAAAGGUGCUAUAAUAUAUAGUGGCACUUAUUUAGUAACUGAUAGAACAGAACAUAGAGAAUUAGUGUUCAAAAUAAGCAGCUUAAUGAACAGAAUAUAA